GAUUACUCCAGGACUCCUCGGGCUCCGGAGACGCCAUUUUCCCCCUUGAUAUCUCUCUCCGUAAAUCGGUGGCGCGGCGGAGGCGGCCGAGUCGGGCGGGAAGCGCGGGGCCGGCCGGGGCGCCCGCCGCUCGCCGCCGCCUCCGCGCGCCCGGGGGCCCCGGCGCCCCCAAGAGCUAGGGCGGCCCGCCCGCGGCUCGCCGUUUGACAGAUGCUCAUCGCCAUGGAGUUGCCGCAGCAGCACCUUUGGGGGCUCGGGCGAGCGACCGGAGCCGGGAUCUGAGCGAGCGCCGGGGCCAGCGGAGCCGGAGCCGCCGGGACAUGGUUGCAGAUCUGAUCUCUUCUGAGCGCCUCAUCGUGUCUCCAUCCCUGGGACUCUGAAUCCAGCAACUGGACCGCUUUGUUCUUGGAAUUUGGGGUGUCCUCGUCUCUUCUCACCUUUCCCUUUUCCCUCCCCCCCACCCCCCUCCUGAGAACUCCUGAAGACUGUAGGAUUGUCAUGGAGUCCAGGGAAAUCUUAAGCAGCUCCCGGCAAAGAGGGGGCGAGUCGGAAUUCCUGCCCGGCUCCUCAGCCAAGCCCCCAGCUGCUCCUGGCUGUGCAGGGGAACCUUUGCUCUCUGCUCCGGGACCCGGGAAGGGGAUCCCCGUGGGCGGAGAACGCAUGGAGCCGGAGGAGGAGGAUGAACUGGGCUCAGGGCGGGACGUGGAUUCCAACUCCAACGCGGACAGUGAGAAAUGGGUGGCAGGAGAUGGCCUGGAAGAGCAGGAGUUUUCCAUCAAGGAGGCCAACUUCACAGAGGGAAGUCUGAAGCUGAAGAUUCAGACCACGAAGCGGGCUAAGAAACCCCCAAAGAACCUGGAGAACUAUAUAUGCCCACCUGAGAUCAAGAUCACCAUUAAGCAGUCUGGGGACCAGAAGGUGUCCCGUGCUGGGAAAAAUAGCAAAACUACAAAGGAGGAAGAAAGAAGCCACUCCAAAAAGAAGCUCCUCACAGCCAGUGACCUUGCAGCCAGCGACCUCAAAGGAUUUCAGCCACAGGCUUACGAGAGGCCCCAGAAACACUCAACUCUCCAUUAUGACACAGGCCUCCCACAGGACUUCACCAGUGACACCUUAAAACCAAAGCACCAGCAAAAAAGCAGCAGCCAGAACCACAUGGACUGGUCCACCAACUCUGACAGUGGACCCACCACUCAGAAUUGCUUCAUCAGUCCAGACUCUGGCAGGGAAACUGCAAGCACCAGCAAGAUCCCAGCUCUUGAGCCCGUGGCUUCCUUCACAAAGGCCCAGGGUAAGAAAGGCAGUGCAGGGAGCACGUGGAGUCAGUUGUCUAACAACAGCAAAGAUCUGCUCUUGGGGGGUGUGGCUCCAUCCCCAAGCAACCACAGUCCACCAGCCCCACCCAGCAGCUCUACCGAGUGCAACGGGCUUCAGCCCUUGGGAGAUCAAGAUGGAGGAGGUACAAAGGAGCCCCCAGAACCACCCACUAUGGGCAGCAAGAAAAAGUCCAGUAAAAAGGAUGUAAUAAGUCAGACCAUACCAAACCCAGACCUGGAUUGGGUCAAGAAUGCCCAGAAGGCAUUUGACAGCACGGAAGGAAAGAGGGAAGGCUACUCUGCAGAUAGUGCCCAGGAAACAUCACCAGCCAGGCAGAACGUGAGUUCCAUCAGUAAUCCAGAAAGUGACCCAAGUCAUGUUCGGAUUACUAUCCCCAUCAAGGCACCCUCGCUAGAUCCAACCAGCCAUAAGAGGAAAAAGAGACAGUCCAUUAAAGCAGUGGUAGAAAAGAUCAUCCCAGAGAAAGCUCUGGCUUCCGGAAUCGCUAUGAGCAGUGAAGUAGUUAACAGGAUACUUUCCAACUCUGAAGGAAAUAAGAAGGAUCCCCGUGUCCCCAAGUUGGGUAAAAUAAUAGAGAACGAGUCCUCCUCGGUUGGCCUGGAAACUGGUGGAAAUACCGAGAAGGUUGUCCCCGGAGGUGUGUCUAAGCAGCGGAAGCCACCCAUGGUCAUGACGCCUCCAACGUGCACAGAUCACUCUCCAUCAAGAAAGCUGCCAGAAAUCCAACAUCCAAAAUUUGCUGCAAAACGGAGGUGGACGUGCAGCAAACCCAAACCCACCAGUAUGCUUCGAGAGGCAGUCAUGGCCACCUCUGAUAAACUGAUGGUGGAACCCCCGUCUGCGUACCCCAUCACCCCAUCCAGCCCUCUGUACACCAACACAGACAGUCUUACUGUGAUCACUCCAGUCAAAAAGAAGCGGGGACGACCAAAGAAGCAGCCUUUGCUCACAGUGGAGACAAUUCAUGAGGGUACUUCCACCAGCCCAGUCAGUCCCAUCAGCCGAGAGUUUCCUGGCACCAAGAAGAGAAAGAGACGACGCAAUUUAGCGAAGUUGGCCCAGCUUGUGCCAGGAGAGGACAAACCCAUGAGCGAGAUGAAAUUUCACAAAAAAGUUGGAAAGCUCGGCGUGUUGGAUAAGAAGACCAUCAAAACUAUCAACAAGAUGAAGACACUCAAGAGGAAAAACAUCUUGAACCAGAUCUUGUCGUGCUCUAGCAGCAUUGCUCUGAAGGCUAAAGCUCCCCCGGAGACCAGCCCCGGGGCAGCAGCCAUUGAAAGCAAACUGGGCAAGCAGAUUAAUGUCAGCAAGAGGGGAACCAUCUACAUUGGCAAGAAGAGGGGCAGGAAGCCAAGAGCAGAGCUGCCACCCCCAUCCGAAGAACCCAAAACAGCCAUCAAGCACCCAAGGCCUGUUUCUAGCCAGCCGGAUGUUCCAGCCGUGCCUUCCAACUUUCAGUCACUUGUGGCAUCUUCACCAGCAGCUAUGCACCCACUUUCAACACAGUUAGGUGGGUCCCAUGGCAACCUGAGCCCAGCCAGCACCGAAACCAAUUUUUCAGAGCUGAAAACUAUGCCAAAUCUCCAGCCCAUCAGUGCUCUUCCAACCAAAACCCAAAAGGGAAUACACAGUGGAACCUGGAAGCUGUCUCCACCCAGGCUGAUGGCCAACUCCCCAUCACACCUUUGCGAGAUUGGCUCACUGAAGGAAAUAACGCUGUCCCCUGUGAGCGAGUCCCACAGCGAGGAGACAAUCCCCAGCGACAGCGGCAUCGGGACAGACAACAACAGCACGUCUGACCAAGCGGAGAAGAGUUCAGAAUCCCGACGGAGGUACUCUUUUGACUUCUGCUCCUUGGAUAACCCAGAGGCCAUUCCGUCCGACACCAGCACAAAAAACCGGCAUGGCCACCGGCAGAAGCAUCUCAUUGUGGACAACUUUCUGGCCCACGAAAGCCUCAAGAAGCCAAAGCACAAGAGGAAACGGAAGAGCCUGCAAAACCGUGAUGACCUCCAGUUCCUGGCAGACCUGGAGGAGCUCAUCACCAAGUUCCAGGUGUUCAGGAUCUCCCACCGGAGUUACACCUUUUACCACGAGAAUCCAUAUCCCAGCAUUUUUAGGAUUAAUUUCGAUCACUAUUACCCGGUGCCAUAUAUCCAGUAUGACCCGUUGCUCUAUCUUCGUAGGACUUCAGACUUGAAGUCAAAGAAGAAGCGUGGUAGGCCUGCAAAAACCAAUGACACCAUGACAAAGGUGCCUUUUUUACAAGGGUUCAGCUACCCUAUUCCCAGUGGAAGUUACUAUGCACCCUAUGGAAUGCCUUACACAUCAAUGCCUAUGAUGAACCUUGGUUACUACGGUCAGUACCCAGCUCCUCUGUACCUAUCGCACACGCUCGGAGCAGCUUCCCCAUUUAUGAGGCCAACAGUGCCACCACCUCAGUUCCACACAAGCUCCCACGUCAAGAUGUCUGGUGCAGCUAAGCAUAAAGCGAAGCAUGGAGUACACCUGCAAGGACCCGUUGGCAUGGGCCUCGGUGACAUGCAGCCAUCCCUGAACCCUCCCAAGGUAGGCAGUGCCAGUCUGUCCAGCGGUCGGCUCCACAAGCGGAAACACAAACACAAGCAUAAGCACAAGGAAGACCGGAUCCUAGGGCCCCACGACAACCUGAGCGGUCUCUUUGCAGGCAAAGCCACAGGCUUCUCCAGCCACAUCCUCAGCGAGCGGCUGGGCGGCGCAGACAAGGAGCUGCCGCUGGUGAGUGAGAAGAACAAGCAUAAGGAGAAACAGAAGCACCAACACAGUGAUGCCGGCCACAAAGCUUCGAAGAGCAACUUUGAGGUGGACACCCUGUCUACGCUGUCACUUUCCGAUGCCCAGCAUUGGACGCAGGCCAAGGACAAAGGUGACUUGAGCAGUGAGCCUGUGGACUCGUGCACUAAAAGGUACUCUGGCAGUGGCGGGGACGGUGGCAGCACAAGAUCGGAGAACCUGGACGUGUUCAGUGAACUGACCCCUUCGAGUGACAAGUGGGACAGUGACAUGAGUGGGAGUAAAAGGAGGAGCUACGAAGGCUUUGGGACGUACAGGGAAAAGGACAUCCAAGCCUUCAAGAUGAACCGCAAGGACAGAAGUUCUUAUGACUCCUCCCUGUCUCCAGGAAUGCCAAGUCCCCACUUAAAAGUGGACCAGACAGCAGUGCACAGUAAGAACGAGGGCUCGGCAUCCACCAUGAUGACCAGGAAGAAGCCAGCUGCGGUCGACAGUGUUGCAAUUCCACCAGCCCCGGUGUUAUCUCUCCUUGCUGCGUCUGCAGCAACGUCGGACGCAGCCAGCUCCUCCCUGAAGAAGCGAUUCAAGCGGCGGGAGAUCGAAGCCAUCCAGUGCGAAGUGCGGAAGAUGUGCAACUACACCAAGAUUCUGUCCACCAAGAAGAAUCUGGACCACGUGAACAAGAUCCUGAAGGCCAAGCGGCUGCAGAGACAAUCAAAGACAGGCAACAACUUCGUCAAGAAGAGGCGGGGGCGUCCCCGCAAGCAGCCCACGCAGUUCGAUGAGGACUCCAGAGACCAAAUGCCCGUGCUGGAAAAAUGCAUCGACCUGCCCAGCAAAAGGGGUCAGAAGCCCAGCCUGAGCCCGCUCGUGCUGGAGCCCGCCGCCAGCCAAGACACCGUCAUGGCCACCAUCGAAGCUGUCAUCCACAUGGCCCGGGAGGCGCCGCCCCUGCCCCCGCCGCCCCCGCCGCCCCUCCCGCCGCCGCCGCCGCCGCCGCCGCCGCCCCCGCCUCUGCCCAAGGCCCCGCGAGGCGGGAAGAGGAAACACAAACCCCAGCCUCCCGCCCAGCCCCCGCAGCAGCAGCCCCUUCCCCAGGAAGAGGAGGUGAAAGCCAAAAGGCAGAGGAAGUCCCGAGGGAGCGAGAGCGAUGUCCUUCCCUAGGGUGGGCCUGGGCGUCUGCACCCGGGGCUGGGGGAACUGACACCUUGGAAGUGCAGUGAGCCGGGGUGGGGGCGGAGCCCCCGCUGCAGGGACACCGAAGCCCUUCUCUCCAGAAGUGGGCGGGCAGAACCGGGCCAGAUGACAGGGGCUGAGCCAUCAGGAGCUCUUGGGAAAGCAAAGCCGGGGGGGGGUCGCCUUCAAAAGAAGCUUGUCUGUGCUUGACAGCAGUUCCCAACCAAGUGUGGCUAGAUCCUUACAGACGAGAGGGAACCCCAUCCAGGAGGGGGGAGCUGGUGGUGCUCUCUGAAGGCCACCUGACCUUUCACAGCCCAGGUGCGCCCUCGAUUCCGAUUUCAUUUGGUGGCCAGGAAAAUCGAAAGGGAAACACCCUCAAUUAGGAAACAUUCCAAGGGGAGAAAAGUUGCAAAUUGCUCAACUGGCAUUGCUAUAACCCACUUCCAUUUAAUUGGUUUUUAUUUAUUUCGGUUUUCAAGCUCUGUUAGGCUUUGGGGUACCAACAUCAUCUUCAGGUGACCUGAAUCUCUCCCUUAACAGUUCAAUUUCUCAGAUGGAAUUGUGUGAUCAGAAGGUAGAAUUCUAGUGACAGGCGACCUUAGACUUGCAUUCGUAUUCUUCUAUAUGCCUCCUCUAUGGCACAUACACUGACUUUUAGCAUCGUCUAUUUCUACUAUUCCUUUGCCCAUUGUACUUCCAUAUACCUUUUCAUUAACUUACUUGCUGCCUUGUUUUUCUUGGUACACAUCUAAAUAAUGUAACCCUUACCUGUGGUGUAAAGUUCACCCUUGGCAUGCUGUCCCAAGAACCUGGCUUUGAAUCCCAAUCAUUGUGAAACAUACUCAGUGCUGAUAGAGCCUUUUUCAUAAGUAACUCAGAGCAGCCAAGGAUAUGUUGACCCAGUGUCAACCACAUUAUUUUUAUACUUAAAACAUAUCCACAGAGCAUAGGCAGAAUAAAAUGAUUUUAAUAUCCCACAGCAAAUGGAAUAACUGACAAAUCGCCCAAAACUGAAACUCUAGACCCACCAGAAAGACAAGUGUCUAGCAACGCCUUGGUACCUGAUCUCUUUCACAUAAAUAAUUGUCCUAAGUUGUU